ACUGUGAGCUUGUCCUCUUCCUCAGGACGAGUGAAUGAAGAUGCUCGUAUUUGUUUAGUCGCGCUUCCACGUAUGUAAACAUGUCUUUAAAUGGAGGGGGAACAAGAGGAUUUUAUUUCAACACCGUCUUGUCUUUGGCACGGUCGUUGGCCGCUCACCGGCAGGCGCCGAUAGACAAGGUCCAGAAGUUACAGUGCAUGUGCCCUGUUGACUUCAGAGGUGUUUUCCAGCUUGAUGAGAGGAGGAGAGAUGCUGUCAUUGCACUGGGCAUAUUUCUUGUCGAGUCUAACCUGCAGCAUAAAGACACUAUUGUCCCCUACCUUCUUGGACUGCUGAAGGGGCUUCCUAAAGUUCAGUGGAUUGAAGAGAGCUCAGAACGCAAAGGAAGAGACAACCUCCCUGUGGCAGAGAACUUCAGCUUUUGUCUUGUAACACUGCUCUCAGAUGUUGCCCAGCGUGAUGAGACCUUACAAGGACAGAUCCUGGAGGCAGUCAUGGACAUCAUGCAGGUGCUUCACGACAUCUGCAAAAAUCCAGAGGCUCAUGAUAAAGAAUACCUGUGUAAGUACACAGUGCCCUGCCUGCUCGGUGUUGCCCGGGCAUUUGGCCGAUACAGCAACACUGAAGAGCCACUGCUGUCCAAGCUGUUUCCUCGGCCAGUUGCUCCUCUGCUGUCCACAGGUGAAGAUGGUGAUACCACACGCCGGCGGUCCUUCAACGACUUCCGCUCUAUCCUGCCGAGCUCUUUGCUCACGGUGUGCCAGGGAGACACUGUCAGACGUAAAGGCUCCUCUGUGUCCAGUGUAUCACAACAGGCCAGUCCAGAGAGAGCAGGUCUAACUCCCAGCUCCCCUGCUGACCCCUCUGCACACUACUUUGAAGGCUCAUACCUCCCUGAUGGCAGUGCAGUGGACCCAGAGUACUACUUCUCCACCAUCAGCUCCAGCUUCUCUGUCUCCCCUCUCUUCACUGGAAGCAACACCGGAGAGUUUGAUGUCCCUCUUGAUGUGCUCAGACAGCUCCUUCACAUGGUGGAACAGUUUGUCUCUGAAUCAUUUCUGAAAUCACUGGAUGAUACUUUGGCAGAAUUUGCUGAGUUGAACCCUGGUCUUCACCUGUACUACAAAACCUUCAGUGAUCCUCUUUAUGUAGCCAUAUUCAAAAUGCUGAGAGACACCCUGUACAAUCUGAAAGACCUCCAGACAGGCUAUGUGAAGGAGGUUCAUGACUUUGUCCUGGAGCAGUUCAGCAGCAGCCAGUCAGAGCUGCAGAGGAUCCUGCAUGAUGUGGAGUAUCUCCAGAGUGAACUGAGCCCACUCAAACUGCGCUGUCAGGCCAAUGCUGCCUGUGUGGACCUCAUGGUGUGGGCUGUUACUGAGGAGCAGGGAGCCGAGAACCUGUGCACCAAACUGUCAGAGAAGUUGCAGUCUAAGACGUCCAGUAAAGUCAUCAUUGCUCACAUGCCCCUCCUCAUCUGCUGCCUACAGGGCCUGGGUCGUCUAUGUGAGCGUUUUCCUGUGGUUGCCCACUCUGUCACCAUGUCACUGAGGGACUUCUUGGUGGUGCCCUCCCCUGUUUUGGUUAAACUCUACAAAUACCACAGCCAGUACACUACAGGUGGCAGUGAGAUAAAGAUCCAUGUGACCAAUGAACACUCCCAGUCAACCUUCAGCACCCAUUCAAGCAAGAAGAGCCAGCCGUCCAUGUAUGAACAGCUCCGGGACAUCUCCAUAGACAACAUCUGCAGGUGUUUGAAAGCAGGACUGACUAUGGAUAAUGUCAUUGUCGAAGCUUUUCUUGCCAGUCUAUCUAACCGUCUGUACAUCUACCAGGAAAAUGAUAAGGAUGCCCAUUUGAUCCCAGACCACACCAUCAGGGCUCUGGGUCAUAUUGCUGUGGCCUUAAGAGAUACUCCCAGAGUCAUGGAGCCCAUCCUGCAGAUCCUGCAGCAAAAGUUCUGCCAGCCUCCCUCCCAGCUUGACGUUCUCAUCAUAGACCAGCUUGGCUGCAUGGUCAUCACUGGAAAUCAAUACAUCUACCAGGAAGUGUGGAACUUGUUCCAGCAGAUCAGCGUCAAGGCCAGUUCCAUGGUCUACUCCACCAAGGACUACAAGGACCAUGGAUACAGACACUGUUCCUUGGCUGUGAUAAAUGCACUGGCCAAUAUUGCAGCAAACCUUCAGGCAGAGCAUAUGGUUGACGAGCUGCUCGUCAAUCUGCUUGAGCUUUUUGUUCAGUUGGGCUUGGAAGGGAAGAGGGCGAGUGAGAGGGCCUCAGACAAAGGCCCAGCACUGAAGGCAUCAAGCAGUGCUGGAAACCUUGGCGUGCUAAUUCCAGUUAUCGCAGUGCUGACUAAAAGGUUGCCACCUAUUAAGGAAGCAAAGCCACGUUUGCAGAAGCUGUUCAGAGACUUCUGGCUCUACUCUGUGGUCAUGGGAUUUGCUGUAGAGGGAUCAGGUCUGUGGCCAGAAGAGUGGUAUGAGGGAGUGUGUGAGAUUGCAACGAAAUCACCGCUGCUCACAUUUCCCAGUGGAGAACCUCUACGUUCAGAGUUGCAGUACAACUCUGCCUUGAAGAACGAUACUGUCACUCCAGCUGAGUUAAAUGAUCUGCGUAGUACCAUCAUCAACCUGCUGGACCCUCCUCCCGAGGUGGCUGCCCUCAUCAAUAAACUGGACUUUGCCAUGUCCACAUAUUUGCUGUCAGUUUACAGACUGGAGUACAUGAGGAUGCUGCGUUCUCUGGACUCAGAUCGUUUCCAGGUCAUGUUCCGAUACUUUGAGGACAGAGCGAUACAGAAGGACAAGUCUGGUAUGAUGCAGUGUGUGAUUGCAGUUGGUGACAAGGUUUUUGAGGUCUUCCUGCAGAUGAUGGCCGAAAAACCAAAGACUAAAACCCAUGAGGAGGAACUAGAACGUCACGCUCAGUUUCUGCUAGUCAACUUCAAUCAUAUCCACAAGAGAAUCCGCAGAGUGGCCGACAAAUAUUUGUCUGGCUUGGCUGAAACUUUCCCCCACCUUUUGUGGAGUGGCCGUGUGCUGAAGACCAUGUUAGACAUACUGCAGACUCUCUCUCUCUCCCUCAGUGCAGACAUUCAUAAAGACCAGCCUUAUUACGACAUUCCAGACACACCAUAUAGAAUCACUGUCCCAGAUACAUAUGAAGCCAGAGAGAGCAUCGUGAAGGAUUUUGCUGCUCGCUGUGGAGAGAUCCUUAAGGAAGCUAUGAAAUGGGCACCAUCUGUGACCAAAUCCCACCUACAGGAGUAUCUGAACAAACAUCAGAACUGGGUGUCAGGUCUAUCCCAGCACACAGGCCUGGCCAUGGCCACAGAAAGCAUACUGCACUUUGCUGGUUACAACAGACAGAGCACCACUCUGGGGUCCACUCAGCUUACUGAGAGGCCAGCCUGUGUGAAGAAGGACUACUCCAACUUCAUGGCCUCUCUUAACCUCAGGAACAGAUAUGCUGGAGAGGUAUCGGGUAUGAUCCAUUUCUCACAGGCAGUGCGGGGCCAUGCAGAUUUGAGCCGGCUGAUGAUCAAACAGAUGGCAGAGGCGUUGGACAGUGGCCAGACUGAGGCGUUCACUGAGGCCAUGUUCAAACUUGCUGCCUUGCUCAUCAGCACCAAAGACUGUGAUCCUCAACUCCUGCAUCACCUGUGCUGGUCUCCUCUCAAGAUGUUUACAGAGCAUGGCAUGGAAACGGCCAUUGCCUGUUGGGAGUGGCUGCUGGCAGCUCGAAUUGGAUUGGAAGUACCGUUUAUGCGUGAGAUGGCAGGAGCAUGGCAGAUGACUGUGGAGCUGAAGAUGGGCUUGUUCUCAGAUGCUCAGGUGGAGGCUGAUCCUCUAGCUGCAUCAGAGGAAAGUCAGCCUGUACCCUGCCCUCCAGAUGUUACCCCUCACUAUAUAUGGAUAGAGUUUCUAGUACAGAGGUUUGAGAUAGCUAAGUAUUCUAGCGCAGACCAAGUGGAGAUCUUCUGCAGUCUACUACAGCGCUCCCUCUCUCUCAACGUCGGUGGGGCUAGUAGCAGCCUCAACCGCCACGUAGCUGCCAUUGGACCCCGUUUCAGGCUACUGACUCUGGGUCUGGCUCUGCUGCACUCUGAUGUCGUCACCAAUGCCACCAUAAGAAAUGUGCUCAGAGAGAAGAUCUAUUCCACAGCCUUUGACUACUUCAGUGUGUCUCCAAAGUUUCCCACCCAGGGCGACAAGCGACUGCGUGAGGACAUCAGCAUCAUUAUCCGUUUCUACGCCAGCAUCCUGUCUGACAAGAAGUACCUGGCAGCAUGCCAGCUGGUCCCACCCGGUGAGCUUGGUACUACCCCGGCCCCGAGCACCCUCUCUGCCGGGAUAUUCGGAUCGCUUAUCGUGUCCAGCACUUCUCCAAUAUCUAUCUUAAAUAACCAGGACCCAUCGCUGAACAGUCUGUCAGUGAUGAACGCUGCUGACCUCAGAUCCAACAUGGACUCCAGCGCUCGCUCUCAGCAGAGUGGCCAGGGUUGGAUCAACACCUACCCACUGUCCAGCGGCAUGUCCACCGCAUCUAAGAAAUCAGGCAUGUCCAAGAAGAGUAACAGAGGAACUCAGCUCCACAAAUACUACAUGAAGCGCAGGACUUUGUUGCUGGCCUUGCUGGCCAGUGAGAUUGAGCGGCUAACAACGUGGUACAACCCUCUUUCAACUCAGGAGUUGGCCAUCUCCACAGAGCAGUCAGUGGAGACCAGUAUAGCCAACUGGAGGUCCAAAUACAUCAGUCUGACUGAGAAACAGUGGAAGGACAAUGUUAACCUUGCCUGGAGUAUAGCACCUUACCUGGCUAUGCAGCUACCAUCCAGGUUUAAGAAUGAAGCCAUAGUUGCAGAAGUGACCAGGCUGGUGAGAUUGGAUCCCGGAGCAGUCAGUGAUGUACCUGAGGCCGUCAAGUUCCUGGUGACAUGGCACACAAUUGAUGCUGAUUCUCCUGAGUUGAGCCAUAUCUUGUGUUGGGCUCCAGCAGACCCUCCCACCGGUCUGUCCUACUUCAGCAGCAUGUACCCCCCUCAUCCUCUCACUGCUCAGUAUGGGGUUAAGGUGCUGCGCUCCUUUCCUCCUGAUGCCAUCCUGUUUUACAUUCCUCAGAUUGUGCAGGCUCUUCGUUAUGAUAAGAUGGGAUAUGUGAGAGAGUACAUCCUGUGGGCGGCCCAGAAGUCUCAGCUGCUGGCCCAUCAGUUCAUCUGGAACAUGAAGACCAACAUUUACCUGGAUGAAGAGGGACACCACAAAGAUCCUGACAUAGGAGAGCUGUUGGAGCAGAUGGUGGAGGAGAUCACAGGUUCUCUGUCUGGUCCAGCCAAGGACUUCUACCAGAGAGAGUUUGACUUCUUCAAUAAGAUCACCAACGUGUCUGCCAUUAUCAAGCCAGUUCCAAAGGGAGAUGAGAGAAAGAGAGCCUGUCUUAAGGCUUUAUCAGACAUCAGAGUCCAGCCAGGCUGCUACCUACCUAGUAACCCUGAAGCUAUAGUCCUUGAUAUUGACUACAAGUCUGGAACACCCAUGCAGAGCGCUGCCAAGGCGCCCUAUCUGGCCAAGUUCAAAGUGAAGCGCUGCGGAGUGAGUGAACUAGAAAAAGAGGGUCUACGUUGCCCCUCAGACUCCCUGGAAGACGGAGAGGAGAAUACAGAUGGAACACGCAAGGUUUGCUGGCAGGCUGCCAUCUUCAAAGUGGGAGAUGACUGUAGACAGGACAUGCUCGCUCUGCAGAUCAUUGGUCUCUUUAAGAAUAUAUUUCAGCUGGUGGGCCUGGAUCUGUUCGUCUUCCCUUACAGAGUGGUGGCCACUGCCCCAGGGUGUGGCGUGAUCGAGUGCAUCCCAGACUGUAAGUCUCGUGACCAACUUGGCAGACAGACAGACUUCGGGAUGUAUGAUUAUUUCCGUAACCAAUAUGGAGAUGAGUCCACCUUGGCCUUCCAGAAGGCACGAUACAACUUCAUCCGCAGUAUGGCGGCCUACAGCCUCCUGCUGUUCUUGCUGCAGAUCAAAGACCGACACAAUGGCAACAUCAUGCUGGACAGCAAGGGACAUCUUAUCCACAUAGACUUUGGCUUCAUGUUUGAGAGUUCACCUGGUGGAAACCUGGGCUGGGAGCCAGACAUCAAGCUGACAGAUGAGAUGGUGAUGAUCAUGGGUGGCAAGAUGGAGGCUACGCCCUUCAAAUGGUUCAUGGAGAUGUGUGUCAGAGGAUAUCUGGCUGUACGUCCCUACAUGGAUGCAGUGGUGUCUUUAGUAACUCUCAUGCUGGACACUGGACUGCCCUGCUUCAGAGGACAAACCAUUAAACUCCUCAAAGGGCGUUUUAACCCUCAGAUGAGUGAGAAGGAAGCAGCGGCUUACAUCAUCAAAAUCAUCCAAAGUUGUUUCCUCAGUAGCAGGAGCAAAACAUAUGAUAUGCUUCAGUAUUACCAGAACCAAAUCCCUUACUGAUCACAUCAUGUCCUGCCUCGCCUACAGAAGAUCUCCUCACGGUGGAAGACGUGGAUGCAUUUUGGAAAGUAGGCUUUGACUUGGCUAAGGUGGUGGAUGCAUUUUACAUUUAUGAACUGAGGCUGUUACCCCCCAUCCAGUUUCUAUACUGGCAUGCUCCAAAAAAGCCACUGUGAGAAAUCAUGAUGUGGCACUUUCAUCCUCAUCUUCCAGAUUUAGUCAAAAUAGAUCAUAAGAAUUUUGUAUUGUGCAAUCCAAAUAUCAACGAAACAUACUGUUUUCAUUUUGUGUGAUAGUUAAGUGGUUCUUUGUCUUCAGGGUGAAGAACACCUGACUUUCACCAACAGAAGUAUUCAGAUGAUCCUUUAAGUAUUUCGUGGUUUAUACUGUAACAUGUGACACAGUAAAACCCAAAGUGUCACACUUAAGGAUCUUGGCCAUAAACAGAGCCAUAUUUAUAGUGUUUGUAUUUAGUUAAAGCAGGCGUCAUUAUUAUUCCAAGAUCAUUCAUUAUACUAUGCUGUUACCCACUUUGAUGCACUUUAUAGAUCGCAGUAUUUGAUUUGCUCACAUGCCUAUGAUCAAGAGCUUUAAACAGAAAUCAGAGAUUAAAACAAUCUGCAAUUCAGUCAACUUCAAACUGAAUUUAAUUCAGAAUUAAUCAGGAACAGUGUUUGUUUAAUCAAAAUCCCACUGACAAAGCACUGAACAUUUAACUCUUCAGCAAUAUAAAGGUAUUUAUAAAAUCAAACACAGUUACAUCAUAGUAUUUAGAAACAUGGAUAUCAAACUUACUGUACCGUGAUUGACUUGGAAUUGAUAGCAAGUCACAUCGCGUGUGAAAAACAUAUUUACUGUGAGAAGAUCGGCUAAAAAUUUCAAACGUACAAGUUUGACUGAUGGCUAGCCUCAAAGCCCAGGCAGGCCACACCACCUUAUAUCACAACCUGCGAAUACAGUAGGUAUGUUUUUUUGGCCGGUCACAACAGGAUGUGUGAGGAUUCAAGUGUUAUUACAUGUCUGCAUACCCUUUAAUCGCAGUGCAACCCCCGAUUUGAAACAUUCCUCUUUGUGCUCAGAGUAUUUUAGUUGUGUCUGAACCUCAAGCUGCACUUGAACCUCCAUGGUUUGGGUUUUAUUUUGUGCUGUUGCUGUUUUUGAUGCUGUCAACCGUUCUACCCAAAAAGCCAUUUCUCUUACCCUCGAUACAAACAGAGCUGUAGUUAUACUUGAGAAAAAAAACCCAACCUUAUGCAAUAUACUUUGUCUAAUGGUAUUCAUGUGUUAAACAGAUGAUCCUUUGCUGUAACUUCCUCCUCCUCCAGAGUCUUAUGUGAGAAUCAUUCUAUGUUGCAGCUAUCAGUUUGUGUAUCCAUGUACGACAUAAUAUAAUUUAGGGGUGAAACAUGUUUUACGUCUUCAGAAAAGCAUUAUGUUUUAAUGGCAUAUAUAAGACAUACUUUAAAGAGUUGUUUUUGCUGUGAUUAUGGCUGACAUCCCUUGAGAAAGCCAUUUUAUUGUAGUUGAUUUUAUUGGUUUACUGCUUUUUAAGUAUUUUAAUCGUUCCUAAUGUCUACCACGUUAUGUUUGAAAAUCAAGAUAGAAACAAAUGUACAGUUGCACAUUUCUUUCUUGUCAUUUGAUCUGUACAUAAUCUCUGUGUGUGCAUGAGUGUGUGCGUGUGUGUGUGUGUGUGUGUGUGCGUGUUUCUUUCUGUUUGUAUGUGGUAAGUUUGUGGGAAUAUAACCUGUUUGUCUCAUGUGGUUCAUGCGGAGAGCAUGUGUGUGUGUGUCACUCUGUGAUCCUGUGUGGAGACAUUAAAUCUUAGAUACAGACAAAAUGUGGUUUUGUGGCAGACAGUUGUCAUAUUAUUGAGGAAAAACACUUAAAGGCACGCACUUUUCACAGGUGCUGUACAACUGAAAAACAAUGAAAAAUAAAAAGCACAAAGUCCAGACCCUUCA